ACAAUAGCGUGGUCUGCGUCACUGGAGCGAGUCUGGGCACCGAGUCGCAACUCGCAAAGCCAUCCCUAAAUCCGCCACAAUUGUGUUCUGCGGGCUACUGUCUCGUUUGGCUUUCUACAAUGGCGGUUCCAUUAACUCAAGUUCAAACCUUUCAUUCCCAUGCUGGAUUUUCGCAGAGAAAAGCCCUCCCACUUGUCUUGAAAUCCUCUACUUUGGUACUAAGACCUCACGAUUCCGGAACCAAGAAACUGGUGGUCUCGGCUGCAACUACUGACAACAAAGUUAGUAAUGAUGAUACGUUCUCUUCCAACGGGCCCACCUCGUCCUCCUUUCGAUCAGCGGUUAAACGACAUACGAUUUCAGUUUUUGUUGGUGAUGAGAGUGGAAUGAUAAAUCGGAUUGCAGGGGUCUUUGCAAGGAGGGGAUAUAAUAUUGAGUCACUUGCUGUUGGUCUGAAUGAGGACAAGGCGCUCUUCACCAUAGUUGUUUCUGGAACUGAAAGGGUGCUACAACAAGUUGUAGAGCAGCUUCACAAGCUUGUGAAUGUUUUAAAGGUAGAAGAUCUUUCCAAAGAACCCCAGGUAGAACGUGAACUGAUGCUCAUAAAAGUGCAUGCAGAUCCAAAACAUCAUGCUGAGAUAAAGUGGCUGGUGGACAUUUUCAGAGCUAAAAUUGUGGAUAUUUCAGAGCAUUCUGUAACAAUAGAGGUUACUGGCGAUCCAGGUAAGAUGGUUGCAGUCCAAAGGAAUCUGAGGAAGUUUGGAAUUAAAGAAAUAGCCAGAACUGGAAAGAUUGCUUUGAGAAGAGAGAAAAUGGGUGCGUCUGCUCCAUUUUGGCGAUAUUCAGCUGCUUCUUAUCCAGAUCUUGAAGCAAAAAUGCCUAUUGAUGCUCUGGUGGGUGUGAAAAAUAGAAACCCUAUUGCCAAAAAUGAAAUGACCAUGGGGGGAGAUGUUUAUCCUAUAGAGCCUUCUGAUGGCUUUACAGUCAAUCAAGUGCUUGAUGCUCACUGGGGUGUUCUCAAUGAAGAAGAUACUAGUGGAAUUCGAUCACACACUUUAUCCAUGCUUGUGAACGAUGCUCCUGGUGUUCUUAACAUUGUUACUGGGGUUUUUGCUCGAAGGGGCUAUAACAUUCAGAGUUUAGCUGUAGGACAUGCAGAAGUUGAGGGACUUUCUCGAAUUACAACUGUGGUUCCUGGCACAGAUGAAUCAAUUGCCAAGUUGGUGCAGCAACUCUACAAACUAGUAGAUCUCCAUGAGGUUCGUGAUAUCACCCACUUGCCAUUUGCUGAACGAGAAUUGAUGCUAAUAAAGAUUGCCGUAAAUGCUGCCGCCAGACGUGAUGUCCUCGAUAUUGCAAGCAUUUUUAGGGCCAAAGCUGUUGAUGUAUCUGAUCAUACAAUAACCCUUGAGCUUACUGGAGAUUUGGACAAGAUGGUUGCACUGCAGAGACUAUUAGAGCCAUAUGGCAUCUGUGAG